AAGUUAUGCGCCAUAUUGGCAGUCUCCUCCAUCUCAGCAGAACGUCGAGCAGCAUGUCUUUCACCGGUUAUUGAGAAGAUUUACGUAAACAUUUCCCGUGACCUGCCUCCUGAAACAAGACACAAUGGAGGCAGUUAAAGCCUUUAACAACGAGCUUUACUCGUUGAAUGAGUACAGACCACCCAUCUCCAAGGCCAAGAUGACCCAGAUCACCAAGUCUGGAAUAAAGGCUAUAAAAUUCUACAAGCAUGUUGUCCAGAGUGUGGAGAAGUUCAUUCAAAAGUGCAAGCCCGAAUACAAAGUCCCAGGCCUGUAUGUGAUCGACUCCAUCGUCAGGCAGUCUCGUCACCAGUUUGGCACAGAGAAGGAUGUUUUUGCACCUCGCUUCAGCAAGAAUAUUAUUCUGACGUUCCAGCACUUGUACCGCUGCCCUUCAGAUGACAAGAGUAAGAUUGUGCGAGUCCUUAACCUGUGGCAAAAGAAUGCAGUCUUCAAGAGUGACAUAAUCCAGCCUCUUUUGGACAUGGCCGCAGGGAUUCCUCCUCCCAGCACCACACCUGUCCUGCCCAGCAGCGCAGCGCCUGUCAAUAACACUACACCUGGCACCCCAGCCACACCCGCCACUCCUGCAAACAUUGUCCAGGGCCUGCCUGACUGGGCAUCACAGAUUACAAACACUGAUACUGUGGCUGCUGUUGCUCAAAUCUUACAAAGUCCUCAGGGACAGCAGCUUCAGCAGCUGGUGCAGAGUUUGCAGAUGCAGCAUCAGAAGCCCCAGCCGUCCCUGCUGCAAGCUCUGGAUGCUGGCCUUGUAGUGCAGCUGCAAGCUCUGACAGCUCAGCUCACUGCUGCUGCUACUGCUAACAGCCUCAAUCCCCUGGAGCAGAGGGUCUCCUCUUUUAAUAAGAAACUCUUGGGCCCUUUUGAUUUUGGAAAUGAUUCCGAACGCAGUGAAGAAUCAAAAAAGGAGACAUCGUCGUCUCAGAUGCCCAUGGUGUCAGAACCCAUUAACAGUUCACUGUUCCAUCAACUGGCCGAGCAGCUGCAGCAGCAAAACCUGGAGCAGUUUCAGAAGCAGCUGCUAGAGCACCAGCAGAAGGCCAUGAGCAUAGAGGCACAGGACUCAAUCUUUUGCCAAGAGAACUCUGUUACAGCGUCACAGAACAGCAGCCAGCCUCAGCCGCCUGACCAAGAAAACAAGAUUGAUGAUUCCAUAGACAACCAGCAGCAGGACAUGGAUCUGGACGAGGGUCCUGACGGAAUGGAGGAGGACAUGUUUGAAGCAGAUGAUAAGAAAGCUUUAAGCACACGGUCCAGAACGCGUUCUAGGUCACGCUCCAGGUCACCUAAAAGAAGAAGGUCCCGGUCUCGUUCAGGCUCACGUAAACGCAAACACCGUAAGCGGUCCCGCUCACGCUCCAGAGAUCGCAAGAGGAAGUCGUCGAGAUCUUAUUCAAGUGAACGACGGGCUCGAGAACGAGAGAAGGAGCGUCAGAAGAAGGGGUUGCCUCCCAUACGAUCCAAGACUUUAAGUGUGUGCAGCACAACCUUGUGGGUUGGACAGGUGGACAAAAAGGCCACUCAGCAAGAUCUGACAAACCUGUUUGAAGAGUUUGGCCAGAUUGAGUCCAUCAAUAUGAUCCCCCCCAGGGGCUGUGCCUACAUCUGCAUGGUCCACAGACAGGAUGCAUACCGGGCUCGUCAGAAACUCAGCACAGGCUCUUUCAAAAUAAGCUCCAAAAUCAUCAAGAUUGCAUGGGCUCUGAACAAAGGCGUAAAGCAGGAAUACAAGCAGUUCUGGGACGUUGAUUUAGGAGUCACCUACAUACCAUGGGAAAAAGUUAAAGUGGAUGACUUGGAUGGGUUUGCAGAGGGAGGAAUAAUUGACCAAGAGACUGUCAAUGAAGAAUGGGAAGCAGCCAAGACCUCUGAACCAGCCAAGGAAGCUGCAAAUCAGCCAGUAAGUGCUGAGAGCCCAGCGACAUCCAACACCCAGACUGAGACCUACAGCCAUCAGGUCACCAUGAUGCCUGUCCAGUUACCAGUUCCCCAGGCAGUUCCCAGUGCUGUGGGUUUGGUACCUCCCUCUUUCCCUGUCAACAUGGGCAUACCACCGCCCGGAUAUGGGCCGCCACCACCAUUCAUGAGGCCUGCCUUUAACGCCUCACAGCCCCCACCAGGUUUCAUGCAGGCCGCUCAGACAGCGGGACUGGUUGCAGCUUCUCAAUCUCUAGUGCAGCCAACAGUAGUUUCCACACAAGAAGCUGUAAAAGAAGCAUCUUUCAGCACCAUGAUGCCUCCAACCACCACUUUACCUGGUACUUUCAUGCCCUCGGCCAUUCCUGGAGCUCGGGUCUUCAACCCAGUAGGAGUUCAGAGUCAGCAAGCCGCAGUUGAGAAAGCUGCACCACCUGCAGAGGGCAUGGACUCUGCAGUAGAACUAACACUUCAAGGCAUGCAGAAUGCAGUCCGCAGUGGGAUGGGUCUGCUCGGCAUGCACCCUUCAGCUUCUCUUCCUCAUCCUCUGCAUCAGCCUGGUCUGAGUGGGCCGCGAAUGCCCGGCCUGUUGCCCCUGGAUGUGCGACCUAACCUCCUUCAGCCGGGGAACGCUGCUCGUUUCCCGCUCCUCAUGCAGCCAGGUCCAGUCCAACAAGCUCCCGGCAUCUCAGACGGUUCUCUGCGGGCUCCGGCUCGCCCCAGGGUCCCUUUCACUCCCAUGGACCCAUUCAACAGAAUCCCCAACCUCACCAAUGAGAGUUUACCCAAAGCAGAAACAGAAUCCUCCUCUGGAGCAGAUGAAGGCAAAGACCAAGACUACCGCUUUCCUCCUGUGGAAAAGCAGAGCACUGGCUUACUGCGCACCCCGCCGCCAGACCAUAGGGAACCCCUUGGUGGUGGAGGACAAGGAGGUGGAGGCAGGCCUCCCUUGCUACAGACCCCAGGAAGUCAGCUGGCCAGAUCCAGCUUAGCUGGCCGUUUGCAGGCUCUUGCAGGCUUCACUCCUGACAGUCGGUGGAACCAAACCAGAGGGGACUUUGAUGAACGAGAUGGGAUACAAGGCGGCCCACAAACACCAGGGGGUCCAAAAGGCUUUCAGGAUGAGCGCUCCACACCAGGACAGAACUUCCCCAAUCGCUUCGACGGCCGUUCCGGUACAGCAGGGGGAACAGGAGGAGCUGUGGGGGCACCACCACCCUGGAACCGUAGUGGUGGCCCCACAGCCCCAUUUGACAGCGAGCAUCAAGACCUAGAUGACCGCAGACGGCCGUGGGAGAGGCAAAGAGAUAGAGAUGAGCGAGACUUUGACUUCAGGAGGGAGAUGAACGGUAACCGCUUGAGCCGCGAGAGGGACCGAGAGCGUGACAGAGACCGGGACCGUGGCAGAGAGCGCACCAGGGAACACGAGCGCGACAAAGAGCGUGAGGGGGACAGGGAACGCGAGCGAGGAGGCUGGACGCCUCUUCUUCCUCUGCCCACUCCACUGCUCCCCACUCCUCCCAUCAACCCCAACCUGACACUCAACCAAGGCAAACCGCUUACCCCCCUCAAAAUCAACCCUCCAAAUAUGCAGCGGUUCCAGUCCCCAUUGGUGUCCCAAGCUCAAGCCAAGCCCCCUCUUCUGAGUCUGAAUCAGCCCCCACCUCAAGUUCAAAUAAAGUCUCUUCCUCCUCCAGCACAGAACCAAGCAGCUGUGUCCAUGCCGCAGUCCGAAACUCCCGCUUUGGUUGAGACACCUGUGGGACAGUCUGCCCCCGUAACCCAUUCACCCAAACCGUCCUCUGAUGAGAAGGAUCAAAGCCCUUUGCCUGAGCGCCCCCCCCAGUCUGAGUCCUCCCCUCAACCAGAGACCCUUCCACCCUCAGAGUCACCACCCCAUCUCCCGUCAAAGACCUCUGCUUCUCCAGACAACGAGACCAUAAGCCACGCCUCCCCCCUGCUGCCGCUUUCAUCCCAAGACUCACCUGGGACCCUCCCAGCAGCUGAGAGCCCUCGUGAAAGUCCCACCCGCUUUCUGAAAAAGCAGGAAUCCCCUCAGAAUGACGAGGAUUCGUCCCACACCCAGCGGGUCAAUGGACCCGAAAGGUGCAGCGCCAAUGUUGCUGAGCCCACGUCGAACGCCCCUCACGCCAGUGAUUGUUUGCUCCCUGAGAGUGAAAGGAAGCCACAGCAAGUGCAGGCUUCACCUCCUAAGGACCCAAACAAUGAACAGAGUGAGCCUUUGGAGGAAGCUCCGAGUCAGCCUGUGGUAGACUCUGUCACAGACACUGAGGGGACAUAAUCAUCACUCAGUAGGUAAAAGAUCAUUUUGUAAAGUUGUCUCUUCUUCUCUGUACUCAUGUCAGCAAAACUACCACCACAACACGGGACAUGACGAAUAAUGACUCACACCGCCUGUUGUUCCAUAACAAAAAACAAAUGAUUUUAUCUCACAAAUAUCCCUGUUUUUAAACCCAGAGCUUCGUAGCUGGUUUAUGGGUAGGGCUUUUCUGUUUGUAUUUUAUUUUCCUUUUUUCCUUUUUUAAGCUGUAAAACUACUCCACCCAUUUAAAAAAAAAUACAAAGCUUGGUUCAUUUUAUUGAGUUGCCUGCCAAAAUGUUACAAGUGUAUUUGGGGAAAAUUAGCUUUGCCCUUCCUAUGGAAGAGAAUCUGAAUUCCUGGCUGUUCGAGGAUGAUUUGACUGCAUACUCACCCUAUUUCUGUCUUUUAAACUGAUGCUUUUAUGAUGUCCAGUAAUGCUUUCUGUUUCUAAGCAGAACAAGUGGCCUACAAUACAGACCAGAACAGCUGCUUGUAGUCUAAAAAAAAAAAAAAGAUUUUAGAAUUUAAUUAAAACCUGAAAUGUUGUACACCCUAAUUAAAUGUCUGUAAUUUGUUUCUAAUUAUACACUGAACUCAAACAGCAAAUCCUAUGCCAGAGGGAGUAUCGAGUAACUGAACAGGGGGUGUUCUGAUGUUGGCUGCUUAUUGUUUUAGCUUGAAAUAAACAUUCUCUGUCUGUUGAAACACAUGCUUUAGGACUGUUUUCUGACCCAGGACCAGGGGAGAAAUAAGACUGCUUUACAGACUUGUGUUGUCACGACACUCGCUGCAAUGCUGCUAUUCCAUCCAUCCGCAGAGCUCUCUGUUGGAUGCAAUCGUGUUGGUUUUAGCUUCUGAUGACUUCAAACCCCGUUCGCUUUCUGCUGGGUGACUGGUGCCUUUUUUGUUGUAGUUGUUUUUCACAUUUGAUUUGUCUUUCAAACUCCCCGUGUGUGACGCACAUUGGCUCAGUUUCAGGUGGUUCUCCACCUGCUUAGACCGAGCCCACUGGCUAAAUAGCCUGUAAUGUGUUGAAAAAGCACUCUUGUACUCCCAUCUGUCAGUGCAUGCAGGCCUGUGGCUGCGUUCGGACCUUCCUUCUCCUCACUUGUAGUGGUUUUUCUGUUCAGACUCACUGUUAGAAGAUUCACCGCCUGCUUGUCCUAACACAGGAGCUGUGAUGUUAAAUAAAAGUUGAAGGUGUAUCAA